AUGAAAUACAGGGUAGGAGAAAAACCAAAUACUAGUAAGAGUAGUGUUGAUGAAGAUAUUAGAGAGGAUCUACACAAUAACAGUAUAUCCACAAUAGAGGACAAUGCAUUCAGUGAUUUGACAAGAAUAACUGACCUACGUCUUGAUAACAACAGGAUACCCUCCAUAAAAAACAUCACAAUAAGCGGGUUGACAAAUCUACGAGACCUGAGAAUACAUGAUAAUCCUUUUCACUGCGAUUGCGAAUUGAUAGGCCUGGUCGAUUUCCUUAACUCUGGACGUGUCACCGUAUCUGGAGAUCCACGCUGCUUCACUCCUGAGAACUUAAAAGGAAUUUCAUUGGUCAGUCUAUCAGCUGCAAACUUGACCUGUUCCGACAUGACAACUAUGGACACCACAACUGAUGAAACCAAUUCUUCACCUUUGAAAGAAGGGAACUUUCUGGUUAUAGUAUACGUGUCUUUAUGUUUGAUUGCUAAAAACAUGAUGGACUUUUAGAAUACAGGAAAAAAAAUGAAUACUGAUAUUGAUUUCAAAACAAUUCGAAAGAAAACGCUAAAAAUGACUUAAAAAUUAA